GCUCACUUCUUUCAAAAUUGGGCGUGUAGCACAACGUUAACACUGAAUUAAAUUGCCUUUUUUCCACUCACUGGAUUCUUUAAAAACUACAAAUAUAUACAGUUCAACGUGUACCUUCCUCGGCAAAGAAGAAAAGAUAUUUUGCAUCAGGAUCCUGCAUGGUCGGCGUGUUGUGCAGAGAUGGCGUUGGAGGAAGGGGCGCGGAGCUGUCUGCUGCGCUUUCGCCACCAACUGGAGCAGGACAUCAAGCCCUCCUACCUGAUGGACCACAUGAUCAGUGAUGGUGUGCUGACUGUGGACGAGGAGGAGAGGAUCAAGACCCAGCCCACCAGGAAGGAUCAGGCUGUGGCCCUGCUGGAGCUGCUGCUCAGGAAGGACAACCGUGCCUACAUCUCCUUCUACAAUGCAAUGGUCAAGGAGGCAUACAAUGAUCUGGCCAAUCUGCUUCAUCAUGACCUACCCCGCGUCUUACCUGGGGCACAUACGCCCUCCUCUGAUUGCUGCACACCUUAUGUCCAGGCAAUGCUCAGUGAAGGCGGCGUGCCUCAGAGGCCCGUGGUGUUUGUCAGCAGACCAGAGCUUGUGAACCGCAUCAGGGAGAAACUCUACCGGCUUCAGAAGGAGCCUGGCUGGGUCACUGUCUUCGGCAUGGCUGGCUCGGGCAAAUCGGUCCUGGCUGCUGAGGCUGUCCGACACCACGGACUCAUCGAAGAGUGCUUUCCUGGUGGAAUCCACUGGCUGUCCAUCGGCCAGCUGGACAAACCAGGCCUGCUGGUGAAGAUCCAGUCAUUGUGUUUCCGUCUGGAGCAGAGCCUUGAUUCCCAGAGCCAUUACCGGCCUCCGAACACACUGGACGAGGCCAAGGAGCGUCUGCGCUUCCUUACGCUGCGCAGAUAUCCAAGAUCUCUGCUGAUUCUAGAUGACAUCUGGGACAGUGCAGUGCUGAAGGCGUUUGAUAUCCACUGUCGGAUUCUUUUGACCACCAGAAACAGAAGCCUUGCUGACUCUGUUAGUGGGGCCAAAUACGAGGUGGAAGUGGAGAGUGGUCUGGAUGAUAACAAGGGACUAGAGAUCCUUGCUCUGUACACGAAAACAAAACUUCAUGGACUUCCUGAGGAGGCUCGCAGCAUUGUCAGAGAAUGCAAAGGUUCCCCACUGGUGGUGUCCCUGAUUGGGGCUCUACUCCGAGAGAAACCCAACCGUUGGCGUUACUACCUCCACCAGCUGCAGCAGAAGCAGUUCAAGCGGAUAAGGAAGUCAUCGUCAUACGACUACGACGCCCUCGACCAAGCCAUGUCUGCGAGCAUUGAAGUCCUACCUGAGGAACAUCAGGAACUCUACAAGGACCUGACGGUGCUAGAGAAGGACUUCAAAGUCCCUGCAAAGGUGCUGUCUGUUCUGUGGGACCUGGUGCCGGAGGAGGUGGAGGACAUCCUCGAGGAGUUUGUCAACAAGUCUCUGCUCUUUGUGGACAGUAACAAUAAACCCUACCUGUACUACCUCCAUGACCUCCAGCUGGACUUCCUGGUGGAGCAGAAUCGCACCCAGCUCGAGAGCCUCCACAAUAAGGUGGUGCAUCAGUACCAGCAGCACUACACAGAUGGUCCUCCCACCUCAGGAGAUGAGGAAUGUCUCUACUGGAUCAGGUUUCUGACCUGCCACAUGGCCAAAGCCAACCUCUUCCAGGAGCUCUACUCACUCAUGUUUUCUCUGGACUGGGUCAGCACCAAGGCCCAGUUAAUGGGUCCAGCUUACCUCAUCAAUGACUACGUAGAGUAUGGACCUAUUCUGGACAAAGAGAACAGUGAAGUGCGGAGUCAAUUCCAGGAGUUCCUCUCUCUGAACGGCCACCAGCUGGAGCAGCGUCCCUUCCCCGACGUGGUGCAGCUGGCUCUGUCUCAGCCACAUACGUCGGAGGUCUACAGACAGGCUCUGCUGCAGGCACAGGACCGGGCCAGCAAAGGGAAACUCUACUUUGACUGGCUGAAUAAGAACAGUGUAGAGAGUCUGUCCCGUCUGGUGAUCCACCCCCACCAGGGCUCCAUCUAUUCCGCCUGCUUCUCCCAUGAUGGAGCCAAGAUCGCCUCCAGUGGAGCCAGCAAGACACUCAAGGUGUUCAAAAGCACCUCAGGUGAGAAGCUCACAGAGAUCCAGGCCCACGACGACGAGGUGCUCUGCUGUGCCUUCUCCCCUGACGACGGUCUCCUAGCAACCUGCUCCAGUGACAGGAAAGUCAAGGUGUGGAACGUGGAGCGAGCCAUGCUGCUCCGGGUCUUUGAGGAGGAGCACGAGGAGCAGGUCAACCACUGUCAGUUCACCAACACGACGCGACGCCUCCUGCUGGCCACCUGCUCCAACGACAAGUUCCUGAAUGUCAAGCUGUGGAACCUCAACAAACCCUCCUCCCAGAACACCAUGUUUGGCCACUUUGAGCCGGUCAACCACUGCUGUUUCUCCCCUGAUGACUCCUAUGUGUCCACGUCCUCCAACGACGGCACCGUCAAGCUGUUCCAGGUGGCGUCUGCCAAUGAGUGGAAGACAAUCAAUGUGAGAGACAUGUUUGCAGAGAGCGAUGAAGAGGUCCUCGUCAAGUGCAGCACCUGGACUGCUGACGGCAAACGCAUCAUUUGCGCAGCGAGGAACGCUGCUCUGGUGUUUGACGUGGAGACAUCGGAAAUGUUGUUGGAGAUCAGAACGAAUCGUCUGAGCACGGUGCAAUACUGUCACGCCUGCCCUACCAGUAACCUGCUGGCAAUUGCCUUCUCGAACUACGCUGUGGAGCUGUGGGACUUGGAGGCCAAUAAGAAGAUGGCCGACUGCAGUGGUCACCUGAGUUGGGUGCAGCGUGUCCAGUUCUCUCCUGAUGGCUCACAGCUGCUCUCCUGCUCCGACGACCAGACUGUCAGGUUAUGGGAGACAAAGAAGGUGCACACCUCCUCAGCUGUCUGCCUGAAAAGAGACUCUGACGUUCUUUUCAAUGAUGAAGAAAUCAUUGUGUCAGCUGCAGACAACUGCAACAGACUGCAGGUGCGUGAUGGCAGGACGGGCUCGGUGCUGUUCCAGUCGGAGGAGAAGUCGUCCAGGAUCCGGUGUACGUGUUUGUGCAGACAGCCCUCUGCUGUGGCCCUGGGCCAGGACGAUGGCACCGUACAGGCAGCAGGGCUCACAGCUAGUCAGAUACUGAGGAAAAUUGGCUGCAGGAUCCGACGACUGUUGACCUCCUUCAGGGGGUUGAUGCUGGCCGUAGGGCUGCACACAGGCAGCGUGGAGGUGUUGGAGGUGCCCUCCGGGAAGCUCCUAGCCACUCUGCAGGGACACACCAAGACAGUGCUGCACUGCCGGUUCAGCCAGAACGGCCAAACACUGAUCACGUCCUCCGAGGACACCACCAUAAGGGUGUGGAGGUGGCAGUCUAACGAGUGUAAAGUACUGCAGGGUCACAAGGAACAGGUCAGAUGCUUCUCUCUGCUCUCCACCUCGCCUGCUGACACAAGACUACUGUCCUGGUCCUUCGAUGGCACUGUCAAGAUGUGGGACAUAGAGAGUGGCGAGAAGCUGCGGGACAUCGAGGCUCACCGGGGAGCCAUCCUAUCCUGUCACGUCUCGCCGGACGGAUGCCUUUUCGCCACCACCUCUGCUGACAUGACUGCUAAGCUGUGGCACUGUGAGACCUGGCAGUGUGUCCACACACUGAGCGGCCACCAAGAGUGUGUCCGAAGCUGCCGAUUCUCCUGGGACAACCGGCGCCUCGCAACGGGAGAUGACAACGGAGAGAUUCGGCUCUGGAGCGUCAAGGACGGCUCUUUGCUAAGGAUUUGUUCCCGUGACGGUAAAGACGGCAUGGACUCACUCCACGGAGGAUGGGUGACCGACCUGCACUUCUCCUCGGACAACUCUCUUCUAGUCUCGACUGGCGGCUACAUCAAGUGGUGGGAUGUGGAGAAAGGCGAGGCCCUGCAGACCUUCUUUCCGUCGGGAACGGCGCUGAAGAGGAUUCACGUCUCAUCCGACUUCUCCACCUUCGUCACCAUUGACAGCAUGGGCAUCCUCUACAUCCUGCAGAGGGUGGUGUGAGACGACGCAAACACACUGCUCCCAAAAGAACAAGAAAGGAAAAGAACGGCCACAAUCCAACCAAACACUACCUUGUAUUUUUACAAAACCUACGUGUACAGUGUGACAGACUGUACACAGGUAGAAAUGUUUUGUUGCAUUACGGACACUUGCAGAAGACUAAACUUAAAGCUGCGGCCUCCCAGAAACACACACUUCUCAGAUAUACUACGUUUACAUUACUACUGCACUCUUUCUUGAGCAUUCUAUUUUACUUCUUACUCCCAUAACGUGACUUUACCAGUUACCAGUAACAUCAGCUUUAAAUGGAAAAACUGCACCAGCGAUAAUCAGCUGUUGGGAGUAAAGAUGCACGAUCACAGCUCAAAGAGUCUUAAGAUGACAGUAGAUACAAAUACAUAGCUUUUGUAGAUAAAAUGGAGCAAAAGCUCUCUCUAUAAAAUCAAGGAAGUGCAUUAAAGAAGCCACAUGCAGCGUUCGUGACGAUCAGGCCUUUGAAUCGUUAAUGCCUAAUAAAGAGGUUAAUAUCAACAGGCUAAAGAUAUGCGAUUCCUUGCAUGAAAUGUGAAUAAUAAAUGUUAAUCCAUAUUGCAUUAGGGCUGAACAUCAUCGCAUGUGAUAUGUGCUAUCGAGCUCGUCCGCUGAUCUGUUAGAAGUCAAGAAGUGCAUUUGACUCGUCUAAGCUGUGAUGUUUUUGAAACUUUAAUUUCCCAUGUUUGCGUUUGAGGGUUUAUUUUGUGCGUCCGGUCUAAACUUGGUCAUCGUUAUGAACAGUUUUGGCCUCUUAUUGACACAGCAGUCUGAAUGUGAGUACUGUAGGUACUGGAGGGUAUGUAUGUUUUGUGUACAUGGGUUUCGCCUUCUCAAUCCACCAGCAUAGACAUUUAUGGUGCACUUUGAUAAGUUUUAACGAUUUAGGCAUUUGGAAUUUAAAUCUAAAAUCUUUUGAAACCCUGCAAGUCGAUCUGUACAUCAAGGCUAUUUGUACUUCAGAAGUAUGCGAUUUAUAAUUCAUAAUCAAAUCUCCACUUCCUAAUGUUAAAGGGCAUUUUUAGUGCUUUAUUAAAUGUGACUUUUUUAUCUCUCUAUUCCACUUUUUACACACAUUUUUAUCUGCACGUUGUCUAACUACUGAGCCUUUUUCCUGUUCUGAGCACUUUGAAGCAGGAGUUACAAUCUUUCAUGAAGCGCUUGCCAAUGUAGCUUUGUUCAGACACACAAUAAAGCUUCCUUACUUGCUUUUGACAAUACAGAUGAGUGCUUAUUCUCAAGUAUGUGACAGAGGAGCUAGUGUCUCUUCACAUAUCUAUCAAACAUAUUCUAACAGUAAGGAUGCAUUUCAACAUUUCUGAACAAUGCUGCAGUCAUUUUCACGUUGUGCUCUUCCAGAUUGGUGCUUUAAAGUCGGCAUAAAUUCAAUCAACAGAUUUCCUUCAAGUGAGGAGGGUUAUGACAACAUAAUUGCUGAAUUAUUGAUGUCUGCUCAGGAUGUAUUGAUUUUGUUGUAUACGGUGUGUUAUGUGUGAUGAGUGUAAUUUAUCAAAUAUUAAACUACACAUGCU